CCAUUCACAGUGACGGCUACAAAAUUUGGAAAUUUAAAAAGAAAAAAGAAAACCCAAAAGUUUCGGUGUAGAGUGCAGACAUUAGACAACUGAGCCAAAAAUACAGCAAAGCACACUUCCAAAAAAAACAGUGGACAAAAGCUUCUCUCAAAUCUAUGUUUCUAAAGAUCUUGAGGUAGUGAAGGCAGUUUUAGGAUCUAUUUAGAAAAAGGUUUUUUUUUUAUUCUUUUAGGGGUUUUAGGGGGUUUCAGCAAUGGCAUCUCCUUAUCCCAUUCCAGUUUCUGCUACUCAGGUGGGAACAUAUUUUGUGGGGCAAUAUUAUCAGGUACUUCAACAAGAGCCACACUUUGUGCACCAGUUUUACAGUGAUUCCAGUACCAUGGUUCGUGUCGACGGCAAUUCCAGGGAAACCGCCGCUGCGAUGCUGCAAAUACAUGCUCUUGUUAUGUCGCUUAACUUUACCGGGAUUGAAAUAAAGACGGCAUAUUCCCUAGAAUCUUGGAAUGGAGGUGUGCUAGUGAUGGUUUCCGGUUCGGUGCAAGUGAAGGAUUUCAAUUUCAGGAGGAAAUUCAUGCAAACGUUCUUUCUUGCACCACAAGAGAAAGGCUAUUUCGUUCUAAAUGACAUCUUUCACUAUAUUGAUGAGGAACAAAUUCACCAACAUCCGGCAGUCCUAUUAGCCCAGCACAAUCUUGAUCUUAAACUCAAUGCUUUCAUGACAAAUCCUGAACCAGUACCAAGCUAUAUGCUGGGAGGAGAUAUCCACGGACGGGAAUUUUUGGCUCCCGAUGAUGCCAAAGAAAAUGGUCUUGUUGACAAGUAUCGUUUCCCAGAACAACAACUACAGCAUGCUCCAGAAUCUGAAAGUAUUGUGGAGAACAGCAGUGUGCACGAGUCCAAUGGUUUGCUUCUGCAUACAGUGAAUACUGGCCAAGAGCAUGUGCCUCCUACUAUCGAGGAACCUGUCGGGGAACCCCAAAAGCAAACCUAUGCCUCUAUUUUAAGGGUUGCUAAAGGACAACCUGCACCAUUAGUCGUUCCUCAGGUUCCUGUUAACAAGAACAUGCCACCUGUGUCUGAUCUGGAUCACGAUCAUCAUCACAACAACUCCUCAAAUGCAGUUGAAGUGUCUGGCGCUGAUAUGGUCAAUGAAAUUUCACCCGUAGAAUAUGAAGGUGAAUUAAAAUCUGUUUAUGUAAGGAACUUGCCCAAUACUGUGUCUGAAUCUGAAAUAAUGGAGGAAUUCAAGAAAUUUGGUGAGAUCAGUCCUGAUGGAGUGGUGAUUCGUAGUCGCAAGGAUGUUAGUGUUUGUUACGCGUUUGUUGAAUUUGAAGAUAUGACAAGUGUCCAUAAUGCCGUCAAGGCGGGAAUCGCACAGGUUGCCGGACAACAAGUGUAUAUCGAAGAGCGGAGACCAAACAGCUAUAUCCCAUCUCGAGGCGGAAGGAGAGGUAGAGGCCGAGGCAGCUAUCCAACAGAUGCUUCAAGGGGGCGUUUUGGUGCUCGAAGUUACGGCAGGGGUGGUACUUACGACGGAAAUGAUCGAGACCACAGUAGAUCGAGAGGAAAUGGAUACUACAGGCCGACUCCUCGCCAGGAUCGAGUCGUACCUGGAUAUCAAGCAUCUAGAAAUGGAGAAACUUCAUAGAUUCAGCCUCUUUUACAUCAUCUAUUAAAGGAUCAAACCUUUUGGUUUCAGCAAUAUCAAGAUUUUGUUAGAUUCAACAAUCAAUAUAUAUAAAAUAGGUGUUUUUCAUUGGAAAAAGGAAUUGAAUUAGGGUUUGUGAUCAUACAUUGAAAUUUGUUCUUUCAAUAUUUAUUAGGCAAUAUAUUUGCAGUUUUGGGGCUCA